UGCCUGCAUUUGAUGCAGAGAGUGUGUGGCUUCAGAUUGGGGAUUGUGGGAGUGGCACGGCAGCAGCCUCUCGCUCGCCCAAGCCCUUCUUAAAAACAGUGAUUCAUCCCGGAGACACAACAAGAGGAAGAGAGGCAGCGGUUUCAGUUCGGAUUUACGCUCACCAUCCCCUGCAAGACAGGACCACUGGAAGGGAUUGACGGUCAGUCUUUAUGUUAAGGGGAAAGACCGGCGGAGACCCCCCGUGGAAGAACAGGCCCGCCAGCGCGUCGAGUUGCACGUCGCAGUAAACCACUCGCGAACGCCAUGGAGGGAAAUGUGGACAUGCGCUCCGAGCUGGAGGAGAUGCAACGGUGUGCCGAUCAGGUCACAGAUGAGUCCCUGGAGAGCACCCGUCGUAUGCUGCAGUUGGUGGAAGAGAGCAAAGAUGCCGGGAUCAGGACUCUGGUCAUGCUGGAUGAGCAGGGAGAGCAAUUGGAGAGGAUUGACGAGGGCAUGGAUCAGAUCAAUAAGGACAUGAAAGAAGCUGAAAAAAAUCUCUCGGAUCUGGGCAAAUGCUGUGGUCUUUGUUCCUGCCCCUGCAAUAAGUUAAAGAGCUUCCAGGCCGGAGGAGCCUACAAGAAGGUGUGGGGGAACAACCAGGACGGUGUGGUGGCCAGCCAACCGGCUCGAGUGAUGGAUGACCGUGAGCAGAUGGCCAUGAGCGGAGGAUAUAUCCGGAGGGUCACAGAUGACGCUCGGGAAAACGAGAUGGAAGAAAACCUGGAUCAGGUGGGCAGCAUCAUCGGCAACCUGCGGCACAUGGCCCUCGACAUGGGGAACGAGAUCGGCUCGCAGAACGCCCAGAUCGACAGGAUCGUCACCAAGGGUGACAUGAACAAAGCCCGCAUCGAUGAAGCCAACAAGCACGCUAACAAGAUGCUGGAGAGCGGCUGAUGGGAAACAGGAGCCUCAGCUACCCUGGCAUAUCGCCAGAUUCAUCCAUCAUCCAUUACAGCAUCUACAAGGUGCAGGACGGGCAAGUCCCUCUGCUCCGAUGGGAAACUGCAAGGUUUAAUAUAUCGCUGUACAUUAUAAUUUAUUUUAUCAUUUGUCAGUGUAGCAAAAUGUUCCAGUUGUGGAAAGUGUAUUUUUUUAAGUGUGGAUUUGUAUUAUCGCCUGUUCAAAGAGUAAAUUGUGUAUUUAGUUUUAUAAUCUUUGUACCUUUUUCUGUUUGAGUCUUUCUACGUAAUCUUGUGAUAAAAGUGUGUGCGUGCGUGCGUGCGUAACCAAAUGGAAAGUGCGCUCUCUUGUUUGUGUGCAGUUGAAUCUUGAUAAACACAAGCCAGGUCCAGAGUCACCCCCCCCCCAUAAUCUAUGAACCAAAUACGUCACAAGCAAGAUCUGUCUUUGAUCAAAUCCUGAGCAAACGGUCUCAGUGACAGGUAACCUCCAUUGCAAUAUGCUGGAAGACAACCCAUAAAAUAAAAAAGCACAGAGCAUGGCAACGUUUUUACAGCACAGAGUGAGGCUGUUCACCCCAUCGGGUCCAUGCUAGCUCCUUGAUGCCUGAGUUCGAUGGCUGCCCACUACAGCAUAUUCCACUGCAGUAUAUUCUCCCCGUUAAACCUUACAUGGCAAUUGAGGAAGGCCGUUCUAAACACAAUUCCCUGUUUAACGCAAUGGAUUGGGAAUCGGGACAGUCUUUUGGCAUUCCCAAGUUUGGUUCGUGGUGUGUGCGUGUUUUUUCAGGAUUCAACCGCAGAGCUUAAAUGUCACAGAGACAGUUCCCUAAAUGUCUGCCUUUUGACCGGGUCGGGCUUCAGUGCCUAUUUGUGUUCUUCAGGGCAAAUCGGAGGGAGAGCACAAGACGUGUUUUUUUUGAAAUGCAGUUUGUAUCCUGUAAAACACAGAAAGGAAGACUUAAGACUUUCCGGCCAAAUUCUCGGCAAAGUUGGGAAUGAAAAAGGGGUGAUAGGAAAGACUGGGGCGGAUGUGCCGAGCUAUGAAACAGUAGACUGGCCCAUCCACCGCACACCACACCCUCUC